UUUGUGUUUUUCAAAUGCAUGAAAUGUCAAAAAUGUCCGUCAACAAACAAUGAACCGAUGAAAUUUAGUUUUUUUCUAUCUUAUGAUUGUGAAUAUUUUAUACAAAAACGCCAAAUUUAAUUUUUGUAACAUCUAUUUGUAAAUAUAUAAAUCACAACAGCCAUGGCGAAGACGAAGGACUUGUCGCACAACACUGGCGAGAUACUGAUAUCAGCACUGAAGAAACUUAUGAAAAACACGGGGUGGACUACGCGGACGAUCAUCAAAUUCAUCAAAAUGGAGUACCGCGUCUCAGACCCCAAACUUAGCAAGAAAGUAUCCAGAGCGUUAAAACGAGGUGUUAAGCUUGGCCUGAUGCAAGUGAAGAAUGGUCGUUACCGUCUGAACGAGAUGUCUGGUCUGGCGCGGCAGAUGAGCGUGCGACAUCUGCGUCUGCGGCGACGCGACUGUCGCGACUGCGAGCGGUCUAAACCAACGGCCCUCCGCAUAAGGAGUCGCACGCCUUCUACACUAUUUUAUUAAAUUUCUGAGUUAAUCUGUUGGCUUUCCUUAAUAGCUGACUUUGAGUCAAUAUGAACAUAAAAUCAUGGCAUGGAUGAGGAUCCCUUGAAUAAUUUAUAAUAAUAUAAUAAUAGUUAUUUAUUUUACGUAAAAACCCGU